CCGGACAGGAUACGGGUUGGAGGCAGCCUCUACCAUAGUGUGGCGGCCACCUCCGUCCUCCCAUCGACAAAGCUUCAAUUAUAUCGAUAGGUUGGCUUCAUUUCAGGGUUUCAUAGCCUCGCUGGGCGUUUUACUAGGCUUUCCUGAUUUUCUCCUGUCUGUAUCUCCUGUUGUUUCUAUCUUGCUUUUCUCUCCCGUCAUCAUCAUCAGCUUCUUGUCUUCUCUUUGUUAACCUCGACGACCCUGGCAUUUUAUUCUCUCCCAAAGCAGACACUGUCUUCCACUUGAUAUCAGACAUAGAAGACAUCCACCAGGCAAAGCCUUAGCAACGAGAUGGCACAUCAAGCUUCGCAACCACACGGCCCGCUGCAACUGGUGCGCGCCCCAGAACGUCCCGAAUUCACCGGCAAGAAAUCCGUCUUCUUAGCCGGAACCACAUCCAAGAUGGGAGAUGAGCCCGACUGGCGGGAUUGCUUGGCCAGACAACUCUCGCGUCUUCCUAUUACGGUCAUCAACCCCAUCCCACCCAAUUGGACUGACUGGCCGGAAGACAUAUCAUUCAAGCCCUUCCGUGACCAGGUCGAAUGGGAACUGGAUAUGCAGGAAAGGGCAGACAUAGUCCUGAUAUACUAUGGACCCCACACACUUGCGCCCAUCAGUCUUUUGGAGCUUGGUCUCUGCGCACGCACCAGCAAGGCCAUUGUGUGUUGCCAUCAGGACUAUAAGAAGAGGGGCAACGUCCAGAUUGUCGCCAAGAGAUACGGAAUCGAGUUGCUAGAGAAUGAGAAGGACAUGGCAGCAGCCGUGAUCAGGAAGCUCGGUUCUUUGGAUAAUUAGGCGUUGUCGGUAACUCGGGCAUUCGGGUUGUUUGGUGUAGUUGGGCUGUGGGUGAUGUGAGUCGGGAGAUGCUGGCGCGUGGGCAGCGUAUUUGGGCUGUGGAUCCUAUCAUGAGUGAUGAGUUUCUCUUGAGCUUCUGAACGAGUUACGUAGAAAUCAUUCCAAGGGACUCCGAAUCUAGACCCUGAAGUUAAUUGCUGAGGUGUGCAAGCUCGGCAGGUUUGACUCCAAAUGUGAAAGUGGAGGAAACGGGACGACCCGGUCGGAGAUCCCCCACACUGAGUUCAUCGUUCAGGUCCCCCCUGCAGUGGUCAUAGCUCCUCA